AUUCGAAUACGCCAUCUUGGAUUUGAAAAAUUUCGAAAUUUUAGUUUUUCAUAACAUUUUAGCUAAAAUAGACAAUGUUAAGAUCUGUAGGUCGAGUAAGUAGCAGCUUUCCUGCUCUUACGGCAACAGUGAAUGCAGUUCCAUCAGGCGUAUCACCAGUAAUAGCACCCGUUCUUGUCAAAAGUUCGGACGUAGUUUUACAACCAAGUCAAGAAAUUCUCACAAACCAGGCACUGGCUCGAAGUGUACCGAAAGGAUGCCUAUCAGUUUCAACAGGACUAGGAAGAUCUACCCAGGUGAGGUUUGCUCACUCAGACAUCAGCGUGCCCGAUUUCUCAGAAUAUAGACGCCCCAGUGUGAAAAACACUGGUGCAAAAUCUGAAGCAACACAAGUCUCAAGGAAAAGCUUUACAUAUCUCACUAUGAUAGGCAGUGGUCUUGGCCUUGCAUAUGGUGGAAAGAGUGUAGUGCAAGAGUUUAUCGGCAGCCUCAGUGCAUCAGCUGAUGUGCUUGCUCUGGCAAAAAUUGAAAUUAACAUGGAAGAUGUGCCAGAAGGAAAAAGUGCUGUAUUCAAAUGGAGAGGCAAACCUUUGUUUGUUCGUCACAGACCAAGUGAUGAAAUAGAGGAGGUACGUGCUGUAGAUAUUGCCCAACUUCGCGAUCCAGAGAGAGAUGAGGAUCGUGUUAAAGAUGACAAAUGGCUGAUUUUAUUAGGAGUGUGUACACAUUUAGGAUGUGUUCCUAUCGCCAAUGCAGGUGAAUAUGGAGGCUAUUAUUGCCCCUGUCAUGGCUCUCAUUACGACGCAUCAGGACGUAUCCGCAAAGGCCCUGCCCCCCUUAAUCUAGAAGUACCAGAACAUAGCUUCCCUGGAAAUGGCGUUUUGGUUGUUGGUUAACCAACAACAAUUUUAGGAAAUUAAACUAAAGUCAAUACACCCUCGUGAAAAGUUAAUAGAAUGAUUGUUUAGCUGGAUAUUGACAUUUAAUGAACUUUUUGCGAGGGAUUCAAUAUAUACAAAUAGUAACAGUUGAAGAUUCAUACAAUACAAAAUGGUGAAUAUUUUACUUAAUCUUGAAACCAGUAAACUAAUAAACAGUGUGUUGCAUCAUGGAUUUUAUAGGAUAUUCUAUGAGGUACGAGGAUGUGACCUUUUAGCCAUAAGUUUACAUGAAAUGUCAAAUAGACAAGUACACUAGAAGUAUAUACUUUCAACUAGAUAUAGUAAAGCAGGAAUGAGUGUUUUCUUUUACUAAAAAAGAUGAUUGUUGUAUCUCUGAAAUUGCUACAAACCAUUCAGUAAUUCCUAGAUAU